AUGUGUCACCUGGCUCUGGCUGAUGAAACCGACUGCAUCAAAGUCACUGUAUAUGGCAGUGAGAAAUACAAACAGUUGCAAGAGGGAUGUUUUUACUUGCUCUGGGGGCUGAUCUUAGAGGAAAGCGUGGUGAAGGUCACAAGCUGCAGUACAAUUGGUCAGUGCGGCCCACUGAUCAUUCCACCAGACUUGGAAGAGGAAGCAGCGCUGCUUGUGGCUCUGCGCGCGCCGCCUGUUUCCUCCAUCAAAGAAGCUAAGGACUCUGAGACAGACGCUUUCCUGGCCAUCGAGGGCACGGUGACUUUGGACUCUGGUGUACAUAAAGUUCAACCUAAAGGGAAGCAGGAGAUGAUUGAAAAGCGCAUGCUGACGCUGAGGGAUGAGACUGGAUCCAUUGAUGUGUGCCUCUGGAGGAACCACGCGAAAAACAGGGUAACUGUAGGAGACUGUGUCAACAUCUCCAAUGUAAAAGUGAACAAAUACUUUGACACCAUCUCCCUCAGUUCAACUGGGAAAACCACAGUUAAAAAGGUAGCUCCUGCAGCUCAAAAGAUGAUGUUCCUGACCAUACAAGCAAUUUUGAAAUCCACUAAGAAGCAGGUGACCCUGAUGACACAGACCAGUGAAGGACAGCAGACCUUCACUGCGACAACCGCCUGCCUCAUGAAAUUCUUCAACAUGUCGUGUGAUGAGGGCUUCAAGGAGAAACUGCUCAGCAAGAUCCCCACUUGUGUGGAAGCUGUAGUUCAGGGCAGCAAAAUCAUAAGCUUCAAAAAUAAAACAGCAUAGACUUCUGUUGUAAUUUUAAUGUACUAAUUACUGUUGUAAUUGCUUUCAUCUGUUAUGUUUUCUUUAUGGUUUUUUCCCUUCACCCGGUUUGGAAUCGCCAGUUGUACAUGAGGCUCAUCUAAUCGCACAGUCAGUGACUACUUUUUACGAGUGCCCCACAAUGUACCACAGUGGAGCAGG